UUAUUUCUUUUUUUCUAUUCUUUUCUGUGGUGAUAAUACUUGAAUCUUCAUCGAUAAUUAACCUUCGGUUGAUUGUUGAUUCUGUUUAAUUGUUGACACUCUUAUCUUGAUUACCUGUGAACAUCAUGUUAACAUCUUGAGAUUGUUCAAUGUAACUGUUGACUCUUUGUGUUCAAUUCUCACCAUGAAAUAAUUACAUUGAUUUUUUUCUUCAUCUUUAGCAAUCAAUUGAUUGGUAAUAAUGUUCCUCAAUGAUAAUUGGUCAAUCAUCUGUGUCUCGAUUGGUUAACGGUUGUUUUUCAAUGGAUUGGCAAUUAAAUCAGGGUGGUUUCAUUUGGAAUUGGAAUUGGAAUUGGAUGAUUUAGAAUCAAAGUUGACCAAAUUUGCCUAGAGGAUAACCUUUAUUAGGCCGUUGACAUUAAAAGUCCAUUGGUAGAUGAGAUUACCUGUUAUUAGGCAACUUUCUGGUCUUACCCUAGGAGUAGAUUAAAGUUAAUCUGGAUCAAUCUGGUCAAGACUAAUUCCAAAAAAAGUUGUUUAUUUUCCUGUUGCUAAUUAUCCACCGGUAUUAUUGCUGUUAAUUGGAUUUCGGGACUUUCCUCACGAUGCAGAAAAAAAAUUCCACAAGACAAUAUUUGCCUUUUUUUAGUUCGAUUUAUUUGGAGAAUUGAAUUAAAAAUAUGGUCAUUGAUCUGGUGAAUUCAUGGUCAAUGUUAAUUAUUAGAAUAAGUAAAUUACUCGGUACCAACAACCAAUACUUAUAAGUAAUUGGAAUUACUUCAUCAGUGAGUUGCCAAAUUUUCAUCCUGAAAAUGUAAUCUAAUAACUGUUACAAUGAUGGAGACGGCAGUUACAACUGGAUUGGUUAAUUUUCAAAACAAACAAAAUCAAAUCGCUUCAAGACCUUCACUCAUUUGUAACAAUUAAGAUCAUUAACAGAUAACAGCCGUUUAUAUACAACUCGUACAAUCAAGUGCUGGAUUUCACUCAACAAUCAACAAAUUGGAAACAAAGUAUUUCAUUUGCAGAUGCUAAUUGUGGAUUGCUAAUCAAACUCAAGAUCAACAAUAUUUCUUAAUCGAUACUCCCUUCUAUGCCGAUUUUGAACAAUUAGUGACAAUUUAACUAAUCUCAUAAUUGGAUCCAUUUAUUGAACAGAAACUCAUAUGAGUGUUUUCAUGUGUAUGCUUUUUAAAGAUGUUCCGAUGCGAUUUAAGUCGAUCGAUUUGGCGCAGAAAAAUUGAUCCAUUUCAACUUUUAAGCGAAUUACUUAUCACUCACCAAUUAUCCCCAAGAUGAUUAACAAACUCUCAUAACCAUAAUCAUUAAUCAUUCAUCACCUUAAUUCUUUUUUAAUUCAUCUUAUAUAGAAACUUAAUUGAUCAACAUUCUCAUUGUAAUUGUUACCGAAUUGUAUUCAACCUUAAAGAGUCGCGCCUUUUGAGCUUCUCUGUACAUCCUGAAGGGGAACAAACUGUUUGUUUGGAAACAAAGAAAAUUAAUUGAAAAGGAAUUUUUUUUCUUGACAAUUUUUCUACCCUAAUUAGUAAUGUUUUUAAUUCUAGUUUAAUUAGUUGAUUGAUUAACUUUGUUUUUCUAUUCUAAUCUAGUGAUGCUAAACUAGUCAGUCUUAUCCUGUGAACGUAUUUAUGACCUUAGAUUUUUGGUGAAAAUCUCUCUUUUUGUAACCAAGGUAAACAGCUUCUUCCAUUCAAAGUCCUAUUCGGAUCAUCUGUACAAUCACUUUCAAGUGUUUCUAUGUUUAUGUUUUAUCAACAAUCAAAAGGAACUUUAAUCAAAUUGUCAUCCUAAUUUUUCUCAAUAAUUAAUUGUUCUACUGUUGCGGUUAACUGCGAACUUACUUUAAAAUUUUCACCAAUUUCUAAAUCUUCUUUUUCUAAUUCUAUCUAUUUCUUUGCCUUUUUCUUUAGAAUUUUCUCAUUUUCUAUUUUCUAUCUCUCUGUAAAUCUCUUUCUUUCCCUUUCUAUUUUUCUUUCUUUCUUUUUGCUGCUUCUCUUUUCAUUCACAUUGUUCCAUUCAAAAUGAAUGCUCUAAGUUUAUAUGUAACCACAACUCGAAUGUUAUUCCAAGCAGAUAUCGAUGAUAGUGGAGCCUGGAAUGAUAUUAAUCGUUUGAUGUCCUACUUGCGACAAUCGUUAACCUGUUGUGUCUGUGGUAAUUUACUUUAUGUUCCCAUGUCAUCAACAGUCUCAUCCUGUCAACAUCAUGUCUGUAAAUCUUGUGUUGGAGGUAAAAUGAGACUUAAACCUUCCUGUUCUUGGUGUAAAGAUCAUUCAAAGUUUAUCGAAAAUAUUCAACUUCGAAUUCUUUUACAAUGUUAUAAACAAUUGGCUUCAUUUAUUUUAUCCUCAUCGAUUGUUGAUAAUUGGGGUUAUCUAGUAUGCGAAACAAAUCAAGCUUCAUACUCAUCGUUACCAAACAAUUUUAAUGGUCCAACCACAUUUAGACAAUUACUUGACGAAGGAUCCAAUUUCCAUGAUAAAUACACUUUUUCAGAGCCGCCGCCAUUACGAAGCUUCAAUCGUCAAACAAAUGGUCAUAACAAUAACAACACCAUCACCAACAACAACAGCAAUCAUCACAAUUAUAAUGCUCAACAUCCUGGACAACAACAAACCAACAACAACAACAAUAACAUCAACAACAAUGGCACCAAUAAUCAUCAUGGAAACGUUUCAAAUCAUUUACAAAUUAAUCUUAAUUCAUCAUCAUCAUCUUCCCAUCAUUCAUAUUCCCUUGCCGAUGGAGAAACCAGAAAUAGUAUCAAUGUUAAAACUGUGAAUAAUGUUAAAAGUUACAACAAUUUAAAUACUAAUGGUAAUCGAAUCAGCAGUAUCACCAGUAUUGGAAAUGGUAUUAAUAUUGUCGGUAAUUUACUUCCAUCGAUAACCCUUAGUGAGGCCAUUAACGGGGAUAACACGAAAACAGGUAUCAUACUUAAAGCGGGUUCAGCUCAAGCUUUUACUUUAAAUCGUAACAUAAUCAAAGCAGAUUCAACACAAUUAAAUAAAAUAUUAACCGGAACAUUAUCCAACAAUUCAGUGACCAACAACAACAGUAACAAUAAUAACACCAGUACAACCCUAACCAAUAACAAUAGUAAUCAAACACCAUCGGUAAAUCGUAAGGUUCGUAGAGGAUGUCGAUGUGGCCUGGCCACUCCGAAUCCUGGUAAAUUGACCUGUUGUGGUCAACGAUGUCCAUGUUAUGUUGAAAGUAAAGCUUGUAAUCAAUGUAAAUGUCGCGGUUGUCGUAAUCCAAAUAAGGUGUCCAAUUUAACGACAAUUAACAUAAUCUCAACUUCAUCUUCAACCGGUUCAAUGUUAACAUCAUCAUUAACAUCAUCGACACCAUCAACUUCAUCAAUAACAUCAACAUCCAAUAUAAUCACUCCAUUAAUCACUUCGACAACCUCAAACUCUCUGGCAACAUCAUCACUUACAUCAGCAUCUAAACAAACGGAAUCGGCUCUAAUUACAAUUCCAAGUUCGAUAGCUGCUAAUCUAUUUCAAAUUCCGAUAAUUGUUAAUAGCGACGGAGUAUUAAAAGAGGUUGGUGGUAACAAUCAAGUUCUCGUGACAACGGGAAACAUUGGAGAAGAAUCAACAACACUAAUCGACGAAGAUAAAAGUCCAAAUGAUUUCACCUUAAGUUCACAGAUAAUUUAAUUCAUCAAAAUUGAUCAAACCAACUAUAGAGAAAAAUCAAUUCCUAAUCCAUCUAAUUUUCAAUUUGUACAUAAAUUUGUGCACAAUUUAACUGAUUGUUAAUAAUUGUCAAAUAACCAAAAUCACAUCUCAUCCUAAAACCAUUGAUUAGACUCAUAAUUGAUUAUAUUUUGCUUCUGAAAACACAAUUACUUAAACACUUUCCAUUGUAUCAUGUAAAUGCAAUGUAAUCAUAUUAUUAUUUUACCAUCUAAAUGAUAAUCAAAUUAAGAUAAUUGACAAAACGAAAUGAAACCAAAUUAAAAAUUUUUCGAAUCCAAUACAAAUCA